AGAGUGACUUCCGCUUUCGAUAUCAAAACAAACCCGCGUGUAAAUCCACGCAUGUCACAACAGUCUCCAUCAUUGAAGAAUUAGGAUUACACAGGACAGCUGAGAAAAAAACUCCCUGUGACGUGGACAAGGAACAACAUGGAGGACAUUAAGCGACGUCUGGAGGUGAAACAUCCACCAAUACAGAUACAGGCUGUAUGGAGGCUGUACUCGGAUGUCGUCAAGAAGUCUGGGAAGACCGUCAUUGAUGCAUCAACUCCAGAGAUCACUGAACUGAAAGCUUUAUGGGAUAGCUGUAGCUCACCUGACCGCAUCGUGAGUGAAGCAAGUGGUCAGGCUCUGGUCAAACUGGUGGUCAUCAGGAAGGCGGACUUCACCUAUGUCAUCAAUAGUCUGCUGAACAUUGUACCAUCAGCCAGAAGUCUCCAAGGUGUUGUUCCAGCUAUUUCCAAACUUGUGACGUUACAAGCCGAGGCAGUCAUUGAGGCCAAGCAGAACUACGAGUGUCCAUACUCAAUCAGGACUCCUCCCCAUCCGUUCAUCACUGUACUGACCAACAGACCAGAAAGUUGGCUUCUCCUGCAACAACAGGUGUAUGCAAUCUGUUGCCAUGACAAUGAAAGAAUCAGACAAAUAGCCAUCAGAGUUAUCUCCCCCUUUCUGAAGUUUGUGUUCCUGGAGCCUCAGCAAACGGCUCAGUACCAGCCAAUGAGAAAUGGCCUACAGAGAGCCCUCAUUGAUGUCUGCUUUGAUGCCACAGACAGAGAUGCCAAAAAAGUUGUUUCGUUCUUGGCAUCAGUUCUUCAUUGCUUCCAGAUGCAGACCUUCGAUUACUUGGCCAACCUGACAGUGUUCCUCCUGGACAUCCUGAGGACUGCCACCAGACUGACCUGGUCACCCACAGAGAUGUCCACACUGGCAGGGUUGGUGUCCUGCUGCCUGGGCUCCCUACAGCCCUGCUGGACAGUGGGCAUUGACACUGCCAGGCUGGAGAAGGCAGUGCUGCUCUGUGUAGAAAAGCACCCACAGGCGGUGUGUAGUGAGAAGAACAUUCCUGCCCUGAGUGAACUCCUGGUUUCUGCUGAUUCUACACGGUGCCUAUAUCUCCUGCAGAUCGUCAAUCUCUUGCUGACCAACCUUGAUCCAUGUCCAUCCACCUUGGCAGCCAUGUUGGUCCAGCCUCUUCUUCAGAUACUGUCAGCACCUGCUUCUGCGGAAGCGAUGUCCACAUGCCGCAAGCAGGUCAUGGUAGCUGCUGCCGAUGACCUCGCAACCAUUGAACAGAUCAUCAAAAACUGUGUGAAGGGGAGUUCUCGGCAGGAGAGUGUCCCUCUGCCCAGUGCCACCCCGAAUGGCUACACAAACCAGAUGUACGUGUCCCUUGCAUGGACCUUUGGCCACAGUGAGAGUACUGCUUGUAUCUGGCUGGAGAAUGUCACCACCAACAUCGCCAGUUCCAAGAUGGUGCCGCUGAACGUCGCCAGCCUGACUGCUGCCCUCUUCGUUGUGCCAUCCUCAAAGGAGCUGUCUGAGCAGGCCCUGGAAACUAUAGUGGAGAUUGCCAAGCGUGAUUACUCACAGGCUCCAGGCUUACUUCCCCUGCUGCUGUACCGGCUGGGACGGGAGGCCGACCCGGAGAUGAAGCUGGCCAUUAUGGAGGCCAUUCCCCAACUGGCCACACACAAGUUCUGCAUUGCACCCAUCCUGAAGACAAUCCAACUGAUGUCCAACUCUCCCAGACUUCGAGCCAUCUCCAUCAGACUGAUGACGUCUCUGUGGAAACUUCAAGACCGCACCUUCCCCCAGCUCCUUGCCCUGCUCACAGAAGAAUCCCCAGGACGGAUGGGUCCAGGCGGCAUUGAUGAGGUCACCCUGGCCAAAGCUGCAGCCAUUCGGGACAUAUGUCAGAUGAGACCUGGACAGCAUGGGUCGGACCUCCUGUCUCCCAUCUCGGACAUCCUGAACAGUCACAGUGGGGAGGAGGGCAGUGCUGCUUGUGCUCUGGUCCUGGAGGGUCUGGCUAGUCUCUGUGAAGCAGAGGUAAUCAACAUCCGAUCUGCCUGGUCCGUCCUCGCAGACAAGUUGACCCAGGAUUGCAGGCCGCCCGUCGUGGAGAAGAUCUGUGACCUGUUUUCUCUCGUGGCUUCACUGGCAGAGAAGACUCCUGAGUUUGAGAGCUUUCAGGUGGAGGUUGUGCGGAACCUGUGGUUAUACUGUCACAGUGACAACACCACCAUCCAGGGAGCAGCACUCCGAGCACUGUCCGCGUUCUCCCCGGACCAGUUCCUUGUCAGCUUCCUGCCUGCCCAGGUAACGGAAGACCUCCGUGAGCAAGCAGCCCAGAUAGCAGCACAGCAAGAUGACCCUGACUUGACCAUCGACCAGAUCCUUACAUUCAUACCUGGCGUCUGCUACACACGUCUGCUCAAGACCCUCCAUGCACAGGUUCUCGAAGAUUAUGAAGUAUUUUUAUCAUCCAUGGUUGGCAAAGAGGUAGAAAGUCUUCCAAGAGGCAUCUACCACUCAUCGCUACGGCGACAAGGAGCUGCAGCCAAUCAGGGGAAAGCAGUCAGCGGUAUCCCAGGGUUCAUCUUGUCUCAGUACGAGAAGACUAACCAGCCUGGACUUCGCCCCGGACUUGCAUCUGGACUGCUGUUUUGCUACGAUCCACCAGUAGAAGUUGGCCGAGAUGGAAGACCAAGGCGUCAUUACAUCGUCUCACAUGGCAAAAACUAUCAGCAGAUGUUCACCACCCUCCUGUCUGAGGUACAAUCAGUGUGCCCGGUGCAGCCGUCGGAGUGGCACCGCUGUAUGCUGAUGCCCCAAGCGUGGACGUCAUUUGUGGACAGACUUUUCACAGCCAUGUUGGAGGCCAAGAAAGCUGAUGUAGAAUUGGAAAUAAAGAGAGGAGACAUUGAACCCGGUGAUGCCAAGCUAGCCCAGGACACUGCAUGGCUUUGGGUUAGAGAUGCUAUUGCCGACCUCAUAAAGACAGCAUCCAGAGGCAACCCCACUGGUCAAGGCAACUCAGUUCUUGCUCUGGCUGGUCUGGCCGUGGCUGCAUCACGACAUGCUACUGGUCUGGACGAGGAGUCACUGAAAGCUGCUGAAGACACAUGUCAACACCUCAGUCAUUCUCAUUGGUUGACAGUUGCCAUGGAUACCAUCAUGUGUUUGAUGGAGGUCUCCUUCAAGCCAAAAGGGAAGAUACUCGGCCUCUGUCAGCAGAGAACGGCUGGUGACAAGCUCCCUGCCAGUCUUCUGGCCAGGUCCUCUGCCUGUGUGGCCCUGUCACAGCUUGUGCCUAUCUUCAUCACUAGGGAUUCAGAUAGAAUCUACCAGGUUAUUUCCAUGGCAACAGACAGAUUACCAGGGCAACCAGCAUGUGAGGAAUCACCAGUUCUUCAGUUCCACUAUGGCCUGGGACUGGGAAUGUUCUUGAGCAGAUUGUUUGAAGAACACAUUUCUGAUGUCGGUGGAGCCAAGGGCAUGAAUGAAAUAUGGAAGACCAUGGAUGUGUUGGAGAACUGUUGUUUGUCCCAGGACUUGGAAAACAGAUCAGGGUGUAUGCUGGGUGUGGGUCUUGCUGUGAGUGGACUGUGCGAGGACGGCAAGACAGAGUCGAGGGCCCACGUGUCGGCAGUGCAUGACAAGCUGGUGAUGUUGAUGGAAACAACUCCACCCACAGACUCCUCGUAUCAGGCCCUCUGUGUAGCAGUCUCCUGCAUCAGUGGCCGAGCAUUCUCUGUCAACAUCCUCCAGAUUGAAAGGGUUGGUGCCUUGGUGGACAGUCUCACUCAAGCACAUACACAGAACCCAGAGGUAACAGGUGUUUGUCUGGCGCUUGGAGCCUUGUGUUACAACCUCAACAAGGUGGGACAUCCAACUAUUGGUCAGCUUCGGACAAAGCUGGUUCAUGAUUGGCUUAAAGGUCUGGCAUCAGAGGAAACUCCACCAAGACAGAAGGUGUCCACACUGAAUGGUUUGAUGGCUCUGAUUGGCUCAGAGAGGACAUUGGUAUCAGUUCAGGGCAGUGGGGCAUCUCUCCUUGGCAGCGAUGUUGAUGCAGAUAGUGUAAUCAAGAUGGCCACUUCGGUUGUUGCCAAUUCCAGUGACCUUGGAAUUCAGAGUAACAGUGCCUGGAUGCUUGGACAUCUAUAUUUAUCAGCAUGUGCCAUCACAGAGACCCGAGCCAGUGUUCCUCCAAGCUAUGGUUACCUACCUGAGAGCAGCAUCCUGCGAGCGAUGGUGGAUCUCCUCAUUGAGGCUGGGAAGAGAGGACCUGAGGUGAUCCCACCAGAGUAUGUCAAGGUUGCUUUGACUGCCAUUCAGGAAGAUGUCAAACAAGUGCUGCCACCUGUAAACUGGGCAGGAGUUCUCUCCCCUUUCAUGAGAGUCAACUUUGGUACAAGUGUGAGAUGUCUGUGCUUCAAGAUGGCUGUCUCCCAGAGUCUGUCUGCUCCAACAGCAGCCAUGUUCAUCUCAUCAUGGCUUACACCACCACUGUUCAACUCUCUAGACGCGGAGUGCAAACAGUUCCUGUACCAGUCCCUACCCUACCUCAUCAAGUCGGUGGGUCCUGCGAUACUCCAGACGUUCCUGGAACGUGGAUGUAUGGAACCCUUCACUGACAUCAACAUCCCCAUGUGCAUCUGUGUACUCCGCGGGGUGGGGCUGUACUGCCAAAUGUCUGAGUGUUUGUCCAACCUUCUGGAUGAGAUCCUGGAUGAAGUAACACUAGAGGAUUUCAAUGAGAAGCAGACAUUUGUGAAAGGCACUUUCGUCAGAUGCUACCUGAUUGCAAAUGGCCGUCAACCUGUAGCAUUGCUAAACAGCUGUAUCGAUGCCAUCAUUCACAGUCAACACUCGGAGAAGACGCUGUUGCUGCAUCUGCUGGCAAACUGCUUCCACCAGAUGGCAGGCUGUUCAACUGACUACACCAGUCCCGUCAACCGCACACAGUGGCUUCUGGAACUACUUGGUCAUGUUCGCAACAUCGCUGUUGGCAACACAACCUUGCCAGAUGAGGCACCUCCACGCAUAGAGGUCAUGCAGUGUGCUGUGGAGGUGGUUGCCAGGGCAAUGUGUCUGUGGACAAACUCUGCAGCAGGAGCAAUCUCUGGUGUGGAGCUAUCACUUUUCAAACCGACCACUGGAGAUGAAGCACCAAGGCGAGACAGCUGGGUGGCUGACUAUGCAAACAUGUUGCCCGACUGUCUUGAUUUCUUGCCUGGAUGCAUACCUAGGUUGGAGCGAGAGCCUUGGGAUCAAAUUAUGUCCAAGGCAAUUGACUGGUUGCUGACACUGUCUGAGCGUUCUACAGAAGUUGUCUCCCCUGUCACCAGUAAACAAACCCGAGAGUCGCUGUACAUGUUACGACACUGCAAGGACUUCAGGAAGGCAGUGGUGUGGUCCCGAGUGUUCAACUCUGACGUCACUGCUAGUGGCUGAUGGACAUUAGUACUGCUGGAUAACGCCUGGAACACUGUUGAUGAGCUACACAUCCUGUAGUCUCUAGGCAGACUGACUCAGUUAUAACUCCAACUCAUAACUUCAGCUGAACAACAACUGAUAAUGAUUAUUCUUUACAAAAUUACAAUAUAUGGAUCAAACUUUUCACUGCACCUUUCCAAUAACAAAGAAGCCAUUAUCCAAAUCUGAAAAGAAGCCAUUAAAUGAGUGUAAAGUUAUUGGUUGAAGAAAUUUGACAUGGGACUUUUUCCCCGGUUCAAGAGGGGUUAUUGGUGAUAAUAUUCUUGAUCAACUGAAAAUAUAAACGUAAAACUUUGCAAUGCACCUCUCCAAUAGAAAUUGAGAGUGAUCCCAAAAUUUGAAAAUAAUGCAUUCAAUUGUGUUGAAGUUAUUUGAUGAACAAAGCUAAAAUGUCCAAUCCCAUGCUGGUAUGUCGGAUGCCAAGCAAUUCAGCAGUAUUCUGGAUGCCAGGGUGCAGUAUGUGGGAUGACAUGGAAUGUUUAUCUGGUACAUCAAUGAUAUAUUCGACUAUUUGAGUGUUGAAAUAUAUUUUUAAUCUUGAAAAUAUGUACAAAUCAAAUUAAGUAUUCAGCCGUAAGCUUACGAGCAUGCACAGUAAAACUAUGUUGAAAUUCCUUUCAAAAGUUUUCAAAUUUGAAGCCAAGAAAAAAUUACAUGGUAUGCUAGAUUUGUUGGGAAGGCUUGGCGCUCUGAACAGUGUUCCAAAACGUCUUCCAGACAACUACUUCAAUGCUUCUUAUAUCGCUACAAUGGCAAGCUUCAUUCCACACUGCACCAGUUGAGAAUUAACAACAUAAAACUGA